AUGGAAUUGCUGAUAAUAUGCCUUUCCUUUGGGAUAUUGCAAUGCCAUUCUGCAAACGCGGACUCAAUCAUUCACAUUGGUGCCAUUUUUGAGGAGAGCGCCGAAAGGGAUGUCGAGGUGUUUCAGCUGGCGGUGUCGGACCUCAGUCUGAACGAUGACAUUUUACAGAGUGAAAAGAUCACGUACUCCAUUAAGUACAUCGAGCCCAACAACCCAUUUCAGGCAGUCCAAGAAGCCUGCGAGUUGAUGACUCAGGGGAUCCUGGCUCUGGUCACGUCGACGGGCUGUGCAUCUGCAAGCGCACUGCAGUCCCUGACGGACGCCAUGCACAUCCCGCACCUGUACGUGCAGAGGGAGGGGGAGGGCUCGCCCCGCACCGCCUGCCAGUUCAACCCCUCCCCGGACGGCGAGCGCUACACCCUGGCGGCACGCCCACCCGUGCGUCUGAAUGACGUCAUGAUCACACUCGUCAGCGAGCUGCGUUGGCAGAAGUUCAUCAUCUUCUACGACAUGGACUAUGAUAUUCGUGGCCUUCAGGGCUUCCUGGACCACAUGUCCCGGCUGGGUAUGGAUGUGUCUCUGCAGAGGGUGGACCGCAACAUCAGCAGCGUCUUCUCCACGCUCUUCACCAGCAUGCGGACCGAGGAGCUGAACCGCUACCGGGACACUCUGAGGCGGGCCAUCCUGCUGCUCAGUCCUCGAGGAGCACAGGUCUUCAUCCAGCAGGCUGUGGAGACCAAUCUGGCAUCGAAGGACAGUCACUGGGUGUUCGUGAAUGAGGAGAUCACCGACGCGGAGAUCAGAGAACUUACCCACAAUUCCAUGGGGCGCAUGACAGUAAUCCGCCAGGUGUUCCCACAGUGGAGGGACAGCAACAACAACUGCAUGUGGAACAACCACCGCAUCUCCUCCCGCCUCUGCGACCCACAGGAGGGCUACGUCCAGUCCCUGGAGAGCUCCAACCUGUACCUGUACGACAGCGUGUUGAUGCUGGCCAACGCCUUCUACAGGAAGCUGGAGGAUAGGAAGUGGCACAGCAUGGCCAGCCUCAACUGCAUCAAGAAGUCCACCAAGCCCUGGAACGGAGGAUGGUCCAUGCUGGAGACCAUUCAGAAGGGCCAGAUCGUGGGUCUGACAGGGACCAUGGACUUCAAGGACAAUGGCUCCAACUCCCAUGUCCAGUUUGAGAUUUUGGGCACCAGCUUCAGCGAGACAUUCGGCAAAGAUGCCAAAAGACUGGCUACCUGGGAUUCGGUCUACGGACUUAACGGCAGCUUGAAGGAAAGCCGCAUAGAAAACGGCAUGCAGGGACUCACCGUCAAAGUGGUGACCGUGCUGGAGGAUCCUUUUGUAAUGGUUGCUGAAAACAUUUUGGGACAGCCGAAGAGGUACAAGGGCUUCUCAAUCGAUGUCCUUGACGCCUUGGCAAAGAUGCUAGGAUUUAAGUACGACAUCUAUCAGGUGUCUGAUAGCAAGUAUGGCUCCCAGCUGCCCAACGGAACCUGGAAUGGCAUGAUUGGGGAACUUAUCAACAAGAGAGCUGACCUAGCCGUGUCUGCCAUCACCAUCACCCCUGAGCGUGAGAACGUGGUGGAUUUCAGUAAGCGCUACAUGGACUACUCUGUGGGAAUUCUGCUUCGCAAGCCAGAGGAAAAGAUCAACAUCUUCUCGCUCUUUGCGCCCUUCGACCUUGCCGUGUGGGCCUGCAUCGCCGCGGCCAUCCCCGUGGUGGGCCUGCUAAUCUUCCUGCUGGCGCGAAUCCAGUCGUUCCGGAACCAGAACCCGCCUCCCCAGCCCCACCAGCAGCACCACUCCUCCAGCGUCUCCAGCUCGCUCCACAGCGCCAUCUGGGUGGUCUACGGAGCAUUCGUGCAGCAAGGUGGUGACUCUGUGGUAGGGUCGGUGGCGUUGCGUAUCGUAAUGGGCAGCUGGUGGCUCUUCACGCUCGUCGUUUGCUCCUCCUACACUGCCAAUCUGGCCGCCUACCUCACCGUCUCUCGUAUGGACAACAGCAUCCGCACAUUCCAGGAUCUGGCGAGGCAGGUGGACUUUGCAUAUGGCACGGUGCGGGACUCAGCUGUGUAUGACUACUUCAAAGCGAAGGGCACCAACCCUUUGGAGCAGGACGGCACCUACGCAGAGCUGUGGCGGACCAUCAGCAAGAACAACGGCCAGGACUUCUCUGUUUCCAGCCCCUCAGAGGGCAUCCGAAAGGCCAAAAAGAGCCCCUUUGCUUUCCUAUGGGACAAGGCGGUGGUGGAGUAUGCAGCUCUGACAGAUGACGACUGCACUGUCACGGUCACGGGCAACAGCUUGAGCAGCAAGGGCUACGGCAUAGCUCUGCAGCAUGGAAGUCCCUAUCGAGAUCUCUUCUCCCAAAAGAUCCUGGAGCUGCAGGACAAGGGCGACCUGGACGUGCUGAAGCAGAAGUGGUGGCCGCGGACGGGCCGCUGCGACCUGACGAGCCACCAGGCGGGGGCCUCGCCGGACGGCCGCUCCCUCAAGCUGCACAGCUUCGCCGGCGUCUUCUGCAUCCUGGCGGCGGGUCUGCUGCUGGCCUGCCUGGUGGCCGGCCUGGAGCUGUGGUGGAGCAGCAGCAACCGCUGCCGCAGCGAGCAGCAGCCCAAAGAGGACAAGGAGGUCAACCUGGAGCAGGUGCACCGGCGUAUGAACAGUCUUAUGGACGAGGACCUUGCUCACAAGCAGCUCAGCGGCCCGUCUAUCGAGAUCUCUGCUCUGGGCAUCAGCAGCAGCAGCUCCACCGGCGUCCUCGGGGGGAGCAGCACCAGCUCCCGGCAGGCCACUCAGCGGGACUACCCGGGCCCGGGAGCCCUCUCUGUGACCACCUACCUGGGCCCCGAGGGGGCUCAUGGGGUGCUGGGCCGGACUCUGGGCCCGGGUCCUGGCAGCUCCCUGCCCCUGCCUCUCAGCAGCAGCUCCACCCUACCCUCCUCCAUGCAGUGCAAACACCGGGCGCCCAACGGGGGCCUGUUCCGGCAGAGCCCCGGCAAGACCCCCAUGCCCACGCCAAUGUCUUACCAGGCAGUGGCAGGCGGACCCAUCCCAGAAUCCCUUGAUUCCACCCACAGCACGUCCAUCUGA